AUGGCCUACUAUGUUAGCGAUGUUAUGUAUGUAGAGGAUACGAGAGCAGCCAAUGAGGAUAGUCUCAGAGAGAUGGAAGGCAAGUUGAAUGGUCGAGAUGUUAUGCGCAUGAUUAGCAAUCAAUGGGACUUCAUGCUUGAUGCCGACUUCAAUCCAGUUAAGCUUGCGCUGGCAUUGCUUGACGAUAGUUCUCUUGGUAAAGACUACGGAGCGUUUCAACGUACCAUGGAUACCUUGAAUAAAGCUCUUGGACUUAUAGUAAAUGAUUACUAUCAGGGAUUCAACAGCUCAAUUGGAACAUUUGGUGGUGUAAUUAUGAACAUUGAAGAUUCUCAAGAACGAGUUUGCGAAAUAAAGAAUCAAUUGAAGCAAUGCAAGCAAUCUUUACUGUCAAAGCGGGCGGAUUUGAUGCAGUUGUGGUUUCGUAGUCAACAAUACAAAGAAAUGAUAAGGAUAUUGGAUUUAAUAGAAGAGGUUAAAGGAACACCGGAAAAGCUUGAAGUCCUGAUUCGUGAGAAACACUUUCUCACUGCUGCCAAGACGCUUCUCGAGGCCAUUCGCACAAUGGACAGAAGAGAGAUGGCUGGCAUUGGGGCCCUGUCUGAUCUGAAACGGUAUCUUAAAGCACAACAGAAUAGCAGCUUCAUAACCAUCUCUAUCUCAAAAGCCCGUACUGUGAUAGCCGAUGGGUUAGAUAUUCUAAGGACCAGGCUUCAUGCAGUACCUGCAGCCAUUUUUGACUUGAAUUCGGAGAAGGAGAUACGAUCAGUGUCUAAUCAUGCGGAUGGCAUUGGAAGCAAGAGCCAGAGUCUUUCCGUCAAUACGUCAAUAUCGAUAAACUCAUCGCUGGUUCCCAGAUCUCCUCGAUCCCCAAUGCUGACUUCAUCGCCUAAACCAAUAAGCCCUGCUUUGCCUAAAUCAACAAGCCCUGCUUUGAAUUCAUCAGGAGAUGAUGAAGAAGCGAUUAAAGAAAAUUUAGAUAUUAAUCCCGAGUCGGAUUCAUUUUAUUACAUGGAAAUAAUAUUAGAAUCGCUGGCAUUGAUUGGAAAACUACCACUUGCACUGGAGACGAUAAGUCAAAACCUUCCAAUAGAAAUAUAUCAACUUGUGGACAAAACUAUUGCUGAAGUAGAAGAACGGCGAACAGUUGACGUGUUUGCGACGAUGAAUACUAAAAAAACUGAUCACAUGAACAGAUAUUUUUUUGAUUCACCAAAAAACGAAACGCAAAUGGAAAUACUUCGAGAUCUUCUCUGGACUUUAUAUUCGAAAUUAGAUGCUGUAUUACAGGGACACAGAUUUAUUCUGAACGUUGUUGAGAGGAUAAGUAGGAGGCCGAGUUACCUUAAGAACAUUAACGGGACACAAAAGAUAAGAGUAUAUUCCUUCAUAGAAAUAUGGAAACCAAUCCAAAGUGAACUACGUGCCUUGUUGCGAGAUUAUAUCACUGAUGAUGAACGAGAGAAAGAUAUUUUUGCAACUCCAUCGGCAACCAUGAACGACCUCAUUAAAGAGAAAAAGCCACGAGACAGAUCAAAGCAACUCUUCAAAUUUUCCGACACGGAUCAAACGACUACUAUAGUCCUCGACAAACAAUACAAUGAAGAUAUCACAAAGGUGUUACAGAAAUCUCUCCCAGAUAUAUUUGGGAAGACUAACGGCGACCGUAUUGUAUUAUCUGGUCUAGUGGUUGAUAAGUUUGCAAACACGAACAUGACCGUUGGACAUAGGCUGGUAGUGAGACCAGACCCAUUCAAUGUGUCAGUGUUGUUUGAGCCGACAAUGGUAUUUCUUAACAACGUCAAAAAUAUCGUUUCGUCUAGCGGUGAUGCAGGGACGGUUGACUUUUCGGUGUUCUUGGAUGAUUUCGUGUUUAAUGUAUUUUUGCCGCAAAUUGAGGAUAAGGUCAUGGAGUUAUUCGACCAGGCUACUAAUGACCCACGAGCCUUCCAAGAGGACGCUAAAUACAAGAGAUUUGCACCACUGCCUAUUGUCAAGAGUGCGUCCUCGCUCAUGAUGCUUAUCGAAAGUCUCUGCUCAAUGCUUCGAACGAUGUCUUUUCAUAAAGACGAAUAUGGUAGAAUGAUAGUAAGAAUAUUGACAAAAUACUACGUCAAUUGCUUUGAACAAUAUCAAGCCAUUGUAUCCAAGAACUCGUUAAAAGAUGACUCUUCUGACUCGAGAAACCAGCAGAAAAUUAGUGCUACAUGGGUACAGCAAGACCAACUUGCCGAUGUGUUCGCUCAAUAUCCUUACCUUGCCGACGACGCAGUAAAGAACAAAAGAAGAAGGGCUGAGUUAUGCAAAAAGGAAAUCAAAACUCUGAUGAGAUUUAAAAAGAAUAGAAUCAUCCGAACUGGGGAGUUGAUAGUCGAUGGGAAUAAGAUAAAAUCGGUUGCUAUUUUGUAUCAUAGCUUGAAAUGGUUUGUUGCCAAAAUAUGGCAAUUGCGUGGCCUGGCAUACGAGAAUGUUGCUAGAAUGGAUGAUGGUAAACUGGCCAAAUCCAACCGUCGCUGGUCAUCUUAUGAUGCAUUGAAUAUGGCUAAUGCCACCUUCCAACAGUUAGCGGAACAGUGCCUAUUUACUCUUCGUGUUGAGAUGCGUUGCCAUACUAUGCAUUACAUAGAUCUUGCAACUAGAGAAGGUAACUAUCAGCUGAUGGAAGAAGCAGUCGAACCUGACCCAUAUAUUAUCCAACUAAAUGAAGACCUUGUCAAAUGUGAUGACUAUCUUUCAUCUAGUCUGCCUUCGCGAGAACACAAGUUCAUCUUCGAAGGUCUUGAUAAAUUGAUGGAAAAACUCCUAAUCAACAAUGUUACCUUUAUGAAGAAUCUAAAUCCUAACGGAGCUAAUAAGAUGUUGCGUAACAUCCUGGCUCUCCAACAGAAUUUAAAGAAUAUCGUGGAUAAUCCAAAGGAAAUAUCUUUAGAUAGAGCAAAGCGAUAUUACGAAUUGUACAAACACGGACCUGGGGAUAUGCUUGCCUCUGUACGGAAUAAUAAGAACAGUCGGGACAACAAGCCUGAAUUUACGUUCGAAGAAUAUCAGGCUAUGCUUGAGGUUAUUUACAACAUAGAUAAUGCUAAAGAACCAGAUACAGCUGGGAGACUUGAUGGUGGACCAUCACAAAAUAGGCGAUUGUUUAAUGAGCAUUUGCUUGAACUAAAUGAAUUGAUGCUUGAUUUCUUGUAG